AGCCGCGAGAUCCCGGCAAUCCGGCCAGAAGGACAAACUCCGCACGUUCGCCUUAGUCUUAACCAUUUGUACUGACUCCAUUUUGAAAGAUUUAAAAAAGGCUCACCGAGAACAAGUUAAUUUAUUUGGAUCGGCAGUGAUCAAACAGAAAGGCGAAACAGGCACAGACUCAAGCGAGGAGGCAAACUCGUUUCAAGGUCACCAUAUCAGAAGUCAACAAAAGGUUCCCGCAAAAAAAAAUGACAGCACUUAGUUUAACAUCACAAGUCUUUUGAAGGCUGUCGCGGGGCGGGCCGUGGGCAGGAAGAAGGGUGUAUUUGUGGAUUGGACAGGAGGAUUUGGGAGUUACUGUUGUCUGGGCAACGAGGGUUGUGGACUUUGCUCCUGGAGUCUUGUCAGUCGUGUUAUCAGGUGGAUAUCGGGCGUUCUCCAUACUCUUUGUGUUGGGACAGACCGUCCCGCCAUCUGUUCUGGACUGUCCAGGAGAAGUGAUUGCGAGAUUGGUGCGUCAAUCUUGCUCAUGACGCACAGGCCAUGUACUACAGACUAGUGGCUGUGGAUUUCACCAAAAUGAAGCUGGGGUAAGCUAAGCUAAACUAUGAAGGAAUCUGACCUAGCCAGACCGCCAUAAUUGCACCAGCCGAACUGCCGCGCUGGCGCAGAUCCAAUGAUCCCGGCCGGCGAGGUCCCGGCAAUCUGGCGAGAAGGGCAAAUUCUGGGUGUUCACCUUAACCCUAAGUACUGACUCCCAUUUUGGAAGGUUUGAAGUUGACAAUUUAUUCGGGUCGACAGCGAUCAAACAGCAAGGCGAAACAGACUCGGGCGAUGAGGCAAGGUCACCACAUUAUACGUCAACAAAAGGUUCCCAAGAAAAAUGGCCACUAUUAGUUAAACAUUGUCUUUUGAAGGCUCUCGCAGGGCGGGCAGUGGUUAGGAGCAAGGGUAUGUUUGGGAUUAUUGUCUGUUUGUGGAUUGGACAUGAGGAUUCGGGAGUUAGUCGUCCAGACAACGAGAGUUGUGCAUUUUGCCACCUCAGCGUCAAAGGGGCGCUUGGACUGUGGUCAGUCAUGUUAUCAAGUGGAUAUUGGGCGUUCUCUGGUUCUCCUUGUGUUGGGACAGACCGUCCCGCCAUUUGUUCUGGAUUGUCCGAUUGUCCGGGAGAACUGAUUGCGAGAGUUGGUGCGUCAAUCUUGCUCAGGACGCACAAGCCAUGUCCUACAGACUGGUGGCUGUGGAUUUCACCAAAAUGAAGCGAGGGUAAGCUUAGCUAAGCUAAACUAUGAAGGAAUCUCACCUUCUAGCCAGACCGCCAGAAUUGCGCCAGCCGAACCGCCGCGCUGGCGCAGAUCCAACGAUCCGGGCCGGCGAGAUCCUGGCAAUACAGCCAGAAGGGCAAACUCCGCGUGUUCACUUUAGUCUUAACCCUUUCCACUGAUUCCAUUUUGAAAGGUUUGAAGUUGACAAUUUAUUCGGGUCGACAGCGAUCAAACAGCAAGGCGAAACAGACUCAGGCGAUGAGGCAAGGUCACCACAUUAUACGUCAACAAAAGGUUCCCAAGAAAAAUGGCCACUAUUAGUUAAACAUUCAGUCUUUUGAAGGCUCUCGCAGGGCAGGCAGUGGUUAGGAACAAGGGUGUGUUUGGGAUUAUUGCCUGUUUGUGGAUUGGACAGGAGGAUUCGGGAGUUACUGUUGUCCAGACGACAAGAGUUGUGGAUUUUGCCAUCUCAGUGUCAAAGGGCCGCUUGGAGUGUGGUCAGUCAUGUUAUCAAGUGGAUAUCAGGCGUUCUCCGGUGCUCCUUAUGUUGGGACAGACCGUCCCGCCAUUUGUUCUGGACUGUCCGGGAGAACUGAUUGCGAGAGUUGGUGCGUCAAUCUUGCUCAGGACGCACAAGCCAUGUCCUACAGACUGGUGGCUGUGGAUUUCACCAAAAUGAAGCGAGGGACAGACGGAGUGAUGCGUACCAUGAACACGGAGAAGCUGAUUAAGACUCUUCCAAUCAUUCAGAACCAGCUCGACGCUCUGCUAGAUUUCCAGGCCAACCCCAACGAACUGACUAACGGUGUGAUCAACUCUGCCUUCAUGCUGCUUUUCAAAGAUUCCAUCAGGCUGUUCGCCGCGUACAACGAAGGGGUCAUCAACCUCUUGGAGAAAUAUUUCGACAUGAAGAAGAACCAAUGCAAAGACGCGCUGGACAUCUACAAGAAGUUCCUUUACAGGAUGACCAAGUUGUCAGAGUUCCUCAAAGUAGCCGAGGAAGUUGGAAUAGAUCAGGGUGACAUCCCCGAUCUCUCGCAGGCCCCCAGCAGCCUCCUGGAGGCUCUGGAGCAACAUCUGGCCUCCCUUGAGGGCAAGAAGACCAAGGAGCUGAAUCCGGACACCAGAGCGUCCACCCUGUCCAACGCCGUCUCGUGUCUGGCCUCUGCCGACCUGUCCUUCGCCCGCAUGGACGAGAAGGAGAAGCAGCUGGCUCUGGAGGAGGAGCAGGCCAGAUUACAAGCUCUUAAGGAUCAGCGAUUAAAGGAGAUUGGCAUGAAAACACCGCCGUCUGCAUCCCCCAGUAGUGCCCACAACAACAACCACGUCGCCCAAACCCCCGAGUUGUUCGGAUCGACGCUCUCGGCCAACAGUGUGCCCAACCUGAACAGCGACCUAUUUGAUCUCCAGCCGGCCUUCAUCCCCGCGGUGCAGUGCACUCCGUCCAUCUCUGCCGCCAACAGCGCCUGGGGAGGACUGGAGAGGCAGCCUUUGGAACAGAACGCCCCCGCCAUGACUGUAGAUUUCGAUGCUGUGUUCGGGAAUAAAGCCGCUCCAGCUAACGACGGAACACAGCCAGCAGCCGGUUUUGACACCCUGGGAGAUCUGCUGAAGCCUACGGUUCCCAUCCACGCCGCCCACCCGCUUCCACCUCAAAUGGUCUUCCAGUCGGGAGGAAAGCUGCUCGCCAACGACCUGGACUCCUCCUUGGCAAACCUCGUAGGCAAUCUGCAAUUUGGCGGAACCCCUUCUAAGAAGCCGGAAAUGCAGUGGAAUCAGCCCGGGGAGAAGAAGCUAACAGGAGGCCAGAACUGGCAGAACAAGACCAUGUCUACAACCCAGUGGAGCCCGGCCCCCAUGGUUCCGCCACCCAUGCCUGUUCCGCACAUGAAUGGAAUGUUCUAUGCUAGUUAUGCUCCAGCUCCCCUGGCUUUCCCCAUGACGACACCUCAAGUGCCUGUGUAUGGAAUGGUGCCCCCCCAGAUGGGUCAGGUGGGCGGGGUACCAGUCAUGGCCCCUCAGCCAAUGAUGUACAACCAGCCUGUCCUCAGACCCACUAACCCCUUUGCAGCCAUGCCUGGAGCGCAGAUGCAGUUUAUGUAAUCCAGUCAAGGGCGGAAGAGGGGGAAUCCAGUGCCAAAAGCGACAAAUUACCACAAAGACAACACGCAAGAAGAGCGGCUAAAAGGACUAAAGACUAUAAAUCCCUGAAACAAUUUGAUGACCUGAGUGAGUGAGGGUGUCAGAUCUGUGGCCGACUAAUGCGAGGGUCUUUGCUGCCACAUUAGCUUUAUUUCAUACUGGUGCUAUUACGUCCCCUCUCCGACUGCGAAUGUGCCAACGUGUGCAUUGUGUUUCUUCGCGCCAUUGCACCGAUUUUGUUCUCGUCCGAUCGUUCGUGGGUCCGACAACGCCAUCACAUCCAGUUUUGUGCGUCAGCAUUUGAAAUCACACCUGCGGCCAUCUUGUGGUCUGAAGUGGAAAUACACCCAAAAUUAGAACUAUAGUAAUUAAGCAUGGCAGGAAGAUGAGUCGUUUUCUUGUCGAUAUCAAUACUCCCAAAAAUUUGAAUAAUGGUUUCAUUAACUCGUUCAGUGUUUCUCCAUUGGCAGGCAAUGUUUAUAACACAAAAAAAUAACAGGAAUUGACCCAAAAUGUACAAGACGUACCUGGAAAUUGCUCAGAAUUAACAAAAAGUGACCAAAAUUAAUGGGGAAAAAAACAGUAAACAAUCAUGUGAAAAAAUUAGGACACCCCUCACUUAUCAAUGUCUGAUAUUUUUUGUUUAUCUCUGGAAAAAAAAAAGUGAUUUAAUUGCAGGUAAACAACCAAAAAAUUAACAUUGUUUUACUCAUUCAAAUCAAAUUUAUCAACAAAAAUGCAUAUUCUAACUGAGGAAAAAGUUAGGACACCCUACCAUCUAAUAGCUAGUGUUACCCCCUUUGACUGAAAUAACUUCAGUUAGACGCUUUUUGUAGACAUCUACCAGUCUUUAACUUCGGUCUGAAAAAAACGUUUGCCCCAC